UACCUCGGUUUCUUUCUUCUUACACUCGAACUGUUCUUCUCCUCUCCCACUUCUUAUAUCUACUGUUUUCUGUUGAUAAUUCUGCAAUAGAUCGUCGACUUCAAUGGGCAUCAAAAAAUUCAUGAUCCCCUUCAUUCUAGCAUCCUCAAUUAUUUUUUGUGUUAUCAUCAUAGUAACAUUACUUCUUACUAACCCCAUUUCCAAAUUCCAACCCGUAGUCAAACCAACUCUCACAUUACAAUCCACUACUAAUACUCAAUAUCCAGUGGCAUUUGCUUACUUGAUCUCAUCAUCAAAAGGUGAUCUUGAGAAAUUAAAGCGUGUUUUAUUCGCAUUAUAUCAUCCGAAUAACUACUAUCUACUACAUAUGGAUCAAGGUGCGCCGAAAGCAGAACACUUCGAAUUAGCCAAAUUCGUAUCGGAAGAACCAGUUUUUAGCCAAAUUGGUAAUGUGUGGAUAGUUGGAAAACCUAAUUUAGUUACUUACAGAGGACCUACGAUGCUUGCUACUACUCUUCACGCUAUGUCAUUGCUUUUGAGAAGCUGUAAAUGGGAUUGGUUUAUCAACUUAAGCGCUUCUGAUUAUCCAUUAAUCACUCAAGAUGAUCUGAUACAUUCUUUCUCCAAAUUGCCUAAACAUCUCAAUUUCAUACAACAUUCUAGUCGUCUGGGUUGGAAACUGAAUAAAAGAGGAAAACCAAUCAUGAUAGACCCUGGACUUUAUAGUCUCAAUAAAUCUGAAAUUUGGUGGGUUAUAAAGCAAAGGUCUCUGCCUACUUCCUUCAAACUUUAUACAGGCUCUGCAUGGACUAUACUGUCAAGAUCAUUCGCAGAAUACUGUAUAAUAGGUUGGGAUAAUUUACCAAGAACUCUACUUCUAUAUUACACUAACUUUGUAUCAUCACCAGAGGGUUACUUCCAAACAUUGGUGUGCAAUUCCGAGUACUAUAAAAACACUGUCGUGAACCAUGAUCUUCAUUUCAUUGCAUGGGAUAAUCCACCAAAACAGCAUCCAAAAUCCUUAGGAAUCAAAUACUUCAAGAAAAUGAUUCAAAGAAAUGUAACAUUUGCUAGAAAGUUUAAACAAGAUGACCCCGUUCUUGAUAAGAUUGAUCGUGAACUUCUUAGAAGAAAACAUGGGGAAUUUUCUUACGGUGGAUGGUGUUUUGAAGGUAACGAAGAGAAACCAGCAAGGUCAACCUGCUCUAGUUUGAAGAGCGAAAAUUUUGGUGUUCUAAAGCCUGGUCCAGGCUCCAUAAGAUUGGAUUCUUUAUUAACAGAUUUUUGUUCAGUUAGGAGUAUUAGAAGGCAAUGUAGAUGAAAUUAUUUGUGUGAAGAAUAUAUGUAUUUUAUUAUUCAAAGAAAAAAAGUGGAACUCAUAUUAAGAUUUGAGGCUUUCAUCCAUGGUCAGAACUCAGAAGUCCAAAAUGAAUAGAUUUUGAUCUUA